UAGGCUUGUCGAUGUUUUUGUUCGAAGGUGCUGAAAUGCAGUGAGCUUCGCUGGUUAGAGCGCGUUGCUCCCAUCCCCCGCCUGUACAGCACAGGGUAAGGGAGGGGGACAGGAAAGAGAGAGCGAUAGGCAGCACCCUUGUGAGGGGAAACAAGAGUCGGCUUCACGGAGAGGAGAGAAGAAAAAAGAGCUGGGGCGCAAACAAAAGAGAGAACAUGGAUGAAGCAGAAAAAUGUCUGUUUAAAAAGGCAGCGCAGCGGAGGCUUUGGUCACCCUGCACAUAGUCCGCCCGUCUUUUGGAUGCCGUGGUUUGGAGCUGUUGCGCGGGGAGCUCUCAAGGCGGAAAGCGGUUUUUAAUUCGUCUGUGGAUGUUGCCAGCUUGCGAUGGCUGUUGCAGGGCGAUGUAGCUGCAUAAAAGAGAACGUGCCUCUUUGUUUUUGUUUAUUCAUUGUUCUAUUAAGUGUCCUUACAAAUGCACAAAUUCGCUACAGCAUUCAGGAGGAGCUGGAGAGCGGCACUGUCGUUGGUGAUCUUGUUCGGGAUCUCGGGCUGGAUCUGCGAAAGCUUUCGGCUCGUCGGAUCAGGAUCAGCUCCGACAGUGCGAGGCGAUACUUCAGCAUCAACCACAAAACUGGUAAGCUUGUUAUAAGCGACCGGAUUGAUCGCGAAACGCUCUGUGAAUUCAGCGGCACCUGCACGCUUAGUCUCGACGUGGUGUUAGAAAACCCAUUCGAACAGCACAACGUGGAUGUUGAGAUUUUGGAUGCAAAUGACAACUCGCCGCUUUUCCCCCGAGACGAGUACCAGUUGGAGAUCUCCGAGGGCGCACAGCCAGGCGCGCGGUUUUCCAUUGAGGGCGCGCAGGAUUCUGACGACGCCUCAAAUUCCGUGCGCCAUUAUCGCCUCACCUCAAACGAACACCUGGCGCUCGAUUCAACCAAACCACCUGCAGACGGAAAACACAUAGAGCUCGUGCUGAAAAAACCUUUCGACCGUGAGUUUUUGCAGUCGCACCAGUUUCUACUCACCGCUACAGACGGCGGAUCUCCUCCGCGCUCAGGCACAGCUAAAAUCAACGUGCGCGUUUUGGAUACAAAUGACAACGUGCCAGUCUUCGGCAGUUCCGUAUACAAAGUGAAACUGCGGGAAAACUCUCCUUUUGGCGCGCUGGUAAUUAAAUUAAACGCCACUGAUAGAGAUGAGGGCUCCAAUGGCGAGGUGUGUUACUCAUUUAGCUCUUACACGCCAGAUAGAGUGAGUCAGGUAUUUUCUGUUGACACAAACAGUGGAGAAAUUAGAGUUAAAAGCAAUGUGGACUUUGAAGAAACCAACAGCUAUGAGAUGUAUAUCCAGGCAGCAGACAGAGGCCAAGGGGCCAUAGUAGUGCACUGUAAAGUAGUGGUGGAGGUGCUGGAUGUGAAUGAUAACCCUCCUGAGAUUGUGCUCUCCUCUCUCUCCAGCCCAGUUCGGGAGGAUGCUCGUGCAGACACUGUGGUGGCUUUAAUAAGUACAAAUGACAAAGACUCUGGACAAAACAAGCAGGUCAGCUUGGACAUCAUCCCCCCAAAUCUACCUUUUAAAAUAAAAUCAUUCCGAAACCAUUACACCAUUGUUACCUCUGCCUUCCUGGACCGGGAGACUAUACCAUCAUACAACGUCACAGUUACAGCCACGGAUGGUGGAACGCCACCUCUUUCAUCAUCAAUGACAGUACGAGUUGAAGUGGCAGAUGUAAAUGACAAUCCACCACGUUUUGAACAGACUUCAUACACUGUUUAUGUCUUAGAAAACAAUGUGCCCAGUGCACCUCUGUGUGUCGUCAAGGCAACAGACCCCGAUGCCGGCGAAAACGCUCGCAUCACAUACACCAUCCUAAAUGACAACAACCAUGGUAUUUCAGUGGCAUCGUAUGUUUCUGUCAAACCUGCCACAGGUGAGGUGUACGCACUGCGAUCCUUUGACUUUGAGAAGUUGCGUGAGUUUCAUUUCCAGGUUAAAGCUCAAGACAAUGGUGUGCCACCUUUGAGCAGAGUGGCAACUGUUUAUAUUUACAUAAUGGACUCCAACGACCACAGCCCUCAGUUUGUUCGCCCUGCAGCAAACGGCUCACUCUCCACAGAGACUAUUUUGCGUAACUCAGAGGCAGGGGUCCUUGUUUCACGUGUGCUGGCUUGGGACUUAGAUGCUGGAGAAAAUGCCUGGCUGCUAUUCAGCCUCCAUCACCCGCCAGAAUUGGACUUGUUUAAGGUGCACGAGUACACAGGUGAAAUCCGCUCAACACGGCGAGUAAACGAGGACAAUUCUACUGUCUUUAGCCUCACAGUGCAUGUACGAGAUCAUGGUUUGCCUCCUCGCUCCGCAUCUACAACAAUCAACAUUGCCGUCAUGGAGAUCCCACCCAAAGUGGCCCCAGACCCAAAACGCAUUAUCAGGCCACACGGCACAAUGGUAUUCUCCCGUGUAACCCUCUAUCUUAUCAUUGCCCUCAGUGCAACCACCUUUGUUUUCUUGCUCACCAUCUUUGUCCUAGCAAUUGUUCGCUGCCAUGCCUACUGCAGCCAGCCAGAUGCUUGCUCCUGCUCACCUUGCUGUGGGUCGAAGAAGAAAAAGAAGACAACAAUGAAGAAGGUACCCAAAGAUGGUGGAGGUGGUGGUGGGGCAACAGGUGGUGGAGGAGGUGGAGGUGUGGGCGCUGCUGGUGGGGUCACAGUCCAGCAACAGUCUGCGGUGAUGCGGAGAGACCUGAAAGUGGAGCCACACUACAUUGAGGUCCGAGGAAAUGGCUCUUUAACCAAAACAUACUGCUAUAAGACCUGCCUGACCGCCACCUCAGGAAGUGACACUUUUAUGUUCUACAAUACGGGCCGGCCAUUGAGUGGGACUUGGGGCUCGGGGGCAGACCGUUUCUUCACAGGACAGAGUGGGCAGUUUGUGCGCAGACUGAGCAUGCCCGACGCUACGGCAAUACAGGUGUGUGCAGUGCCCACACUUAGUUCAGUCCAUAUGGAGGAGUCAUCUGUGAUGCAGGGUGCUCAAGGAGUUCUGGUUCAGAACUGGCCCACCGUCUCUAGCGCUCCUGAUAAUGAGGGUGGAGAGGUCUCUCCCCCCUUAGGUGCUGGAGUGGACAGCAACAGUUGGCAUUUUCGAUACGGGCCGGGUCCGGGAGGCCCUCCACAUCUGAAACCCGGUGAGGUUCCUCCUGAAGCCUUCAUCAUCCCUGGUUCUCCGGCCAUUAUUUCCAUCAGACAAGGACAAGACGGAGAUGACAAGGGCGACUUUAUUACCUUUGGAAAAAAGGAGGAGGCCAAGAAGAAGAAGAAAAAGAAGAAGGAGAAGAAGGAUAAGCGGGAGAAAGGAAAAGAUGAUGAUGAUUAGAGCGACAGAGGAAAGAGUUAAAGAAAGAGCUGAUUUUUUUCUAAGACAGAAGUCUCAACGAAAGUCUGUAGAACAAAACAUGUUUUUAUUAAUCCUAAAAUCCAUAUUUGGGGCUCAAGCAAACAUUUUCUGUUGGAUUUAACUGAAAAAAUUUGGAGUGAUUUUCUGUCACAUCCGAUCUCUUUCGGCCUUUUAAUUAAGAAAUUGAUUAAUCACGUCUUGAUGAGUUGUUACGUGAUUGAUUAAUAUUCUCCCAUGCCUCACCCACUAUUCCGCAUAAAAUGUCCUUCAGACUCAUGUUGGUACAUCUGUCUUAUUCAUACUCUUGGUUUUUGUUUUCCAGUCUUUUUGAUAGGGAGACAAAAUCUGAUUGUUUGUAAGCUGUGUGCUGCUUCACUUGUGCUAUCGUGGUAAAAUGGAGAAAAAAAUAAGAGGGAUUUAAAAUUGAGUUAAGUUAGACAUUAUGGAAGCAGGAUACACACUGGUGUAAAUAUGCAGUUUGGGCACCGCUGUAUGUAAAGCAGUGAAGACGCUAAAUUAACGCUUUUGCUCGUUCACUUCUCCUGGUGUGGGAUGGAAGAAACAUCCUUUAAAACAAGAGACACUGAAACAUUUUCAAUUAUAAAAAUCUAAAAUCCUGGACAAAUAGGGGGAAAAAAACAGUGUUUAAAAAAAAAAAAGUACACCAAGUGAUGGAAUGCUCUUUUGUUUUGUUGCUUUAAUUUUGUUACCAGCAAAUGUUCUCCAAGGCAUAGCAUAUACGUGAGAAAGUAGUCCCAUAUAUACACACGUACACAUACUGUAUGUAGACACACAGAUUUAGUAAACAGGGUCAAAAAUCAGUCCAUCUCUAUAGCAACUCCCAAAACUUCUGCUCUGAAAUGUUCUAACCUGGUUGGACAGGAUCGCUCACAAGUCAAUAUCAUGUAAAGCUCAUUAGAAAUCAGCUCUUCAGGAGCCUGGUUAUGUGCUCUGU